GCUUUAUUGGUGAGGCACUUAACAGACAAAUCGCUUGGCAGAGCAGAAGCGGUAUUCGAGCAUAUGAGAGAUCAGGACAGUUGGAAGAAAUCCUUUGAGCCCGACAGUGAUACACACGAGGCGUUGGGUGAAGUUGUGGCUAGUUUAAAUUUACUUUGGGAACAAGGGAAGCUUUAG